ACGAGAUUAUCUUUGAAACCAGCAAGCGGGCCUACAGAUUUGAUUGCGAAAAGCGCGGUCCACCAAAACAAAACCAAGCCCGCUACUACUAGUCUAACGGUAAUAUAUAACGUUGCGCAAAUCAAACAGAGGCGAAAUCUUAGCAGCGGAAGACGCCCGCGGCGUGGCGUAGCCUAGCGAGGGACAGCGCUAGUACUUCUCUGCUCUGCCCCUCUGCCGUUGCUGCCGGCUGCUUUGCCGCUGUGUCUUCUUCCUCCUCCUCCUCGGCCCAGACCCCGACGGCACACCAUCCCGGAGAACACGCGUUCUCUCUCCUCUGCUACGAACUGCGCUUGUCCUUUCCCUCUCCAUCCACCACUGCACCUCCUGUCACUUCCCCAACCUCUUUUGUCCGUUACAUCACACACUCAAGAAGCUGUCCGCCCACGCCGCAAUGCAGCCGUCGCGCUCACAGCACGCCAAACAUCACCCACUCGGAGGAGGGACGGGAACGCACACGCGCUUCCGCACCCAGGUGCUGGAGGCGCCCCUGGAUCCGGGAUCCGACCCUGAGUACCAGGACUUCCAGUUCCGGCUCAUCCCGGAGGGGUUCGAGCUCCAGAUGGGCGGCGUUCCCGUCGGCGUCGGCGGCGGCGGGGCAAGGAACGGCGGAGACGGCAAGGUGACAGCGGAGAAGGUUCUCGGGUUCGAGUUCGACAAGGUCAGGAUCAGCAUUGCGUCCAGCGACGACGAGGCGGACGGAGACGCGCCGCCGAGGAGCUCCUUCUCGGGCGCGAGCCACCCGCCGGAGCCGGUGGACGAGAUGGACACCGUCUUCGUCGCCGUCAACGGCCGGGAGAAGCCGGUCCCGGUCCCGAAGCCGGUCAUCUCGUGGGACGCGUCCCCGCCGCCGAGCGGCGCGGCGAGCCCGCACAGCAGCAUCGACAGCUCCGGCGCCGCGGCCACCACGGUGACCAGCCUCGCGCCCAGCUGCACCGUCACCAGCCGGAGCGCCAAGACCAGCGUCAGCAGCACCGCGGCCAGCGACGGCAGCGGCUGGAGCAACGGCACCGGCUCCGGCUCCGUCGCCGGCGGCAGCGCGGGGAAGCCGCACAAGGGCGGAGACCCCAGGUGGAAGGCCAUCCUCGCGGCGCGCGCGCGCGACGGGCCCCUCGCGAUGGGCAGCUUCCGGCUGCUGCGGAGGCUCGGGUGCGGCGACAUCGGGACGGUGUACCUGUCCGAGCUCAGCGGCGGGGGCGCCGUCAACGGCGGCGUGGCGAGGCCCUGCUGGUUCGCGAUGAAGGUCAUGGACAAGGCGUCGCUGGAGAGCCGGCGGAAGCUGAGCCGCGCGCAGACGGAGCGGGAGAUCCUCCAGCUGCUGGACCACCCGUUCCUGCCCACUCUGUACGCGCACUUUGAGACCGACCGCUUCGCCUGCCUUGUCAUGGAGUUCUGCCCCGGCGGCGACCUCCACGCGCUCCGGCAGCGACAGCCCGGCAAGCACUUCCCAGAGCACGCGGCAAGGUUUUACGCCGCAGAAGUGCUCCUUGCGCUGGAGUACUUGCACAUGCUUGGCGUGGUCUACAGAGACCUGAAGCCGGAGAACGUCCUCGUAAGAGAAGAUGGCCACAUCAUGCUCUCCGACUUCGACCUCUCCCUUCGCUGCGCGGUCUCGCCGACGCUGGUGCGAUCUUCCCUCAACUCCGACCCCAGGAACGCGCAGGCCUGCGCCCAGCCUACCUGCAUCCAGCCCACAUGCUUCAUGCCCAAGCUCUUCGGCCAGAGGAGCAAGAAGAGCAGCGGCGGCGGCAGCGCCAAGAAAUCCAAGGGCGCCGAGCCCUGCAGGCAGCAGCAGGCGCCCACCGGCCUGCCGGAGCUCGUCGUGGAGCCGACCGGUGCGCGCUCCAUGUCGUUCGUGGGCACGCACGAGUACCUGGCCCCGGAGAUCAUCAAGGGCGAGGGCCACGGCAGCGCGGUGGACUGGUGGACGUUCGGCAUCUUCCUGCACGAGCUCAUGUACGGCAAGACGCCGUUCAAGGGGCAGACGAACCGCGCCACGCUGUUCAACGUCGUCGGGCAGCAGCUCAAGUUCCCGGACUGCCCCGGCACGAGCAACGCCAGCAGGGACCUCAUCAAGGGCCUGCUGGCCAAGGAGCCCCAGAGCCGGCUGGGCGUCAAGCGCGGCGCGGCGGAGAUAAAGCAGCAUCCCUUCUUCGAGGGCGUCAACUGGGCGCUUAUCCGGUGCAGCACUCCCCCCGGCGUGCCCAGGGCCGUCGAGCCCGCCGCGGUUGCAUUGCCUGCGCCGGCAAAGCCAGCGCCGGCGCCGGUGGAGAGGGUGGAGAUCAAUAGCAGCAGCAAGAGGAUGGCAGGAGCUGCGGCCGGUGCCGAGUCCGGAGGGAAGUUCUUAGACUUCGAGUUCUUCUAGCUAGUUUGAUUAGUUGAUUGACGAUACUCGUUGCGAUUCCAGUUGUAGGUGUAGUUCCAUACUGGAGUACUAGCGUUUGGACGCCAGUGGUAAUGUCUGACUGGUUCCAGUUACUUCUAAGUAUGUUGCAUUGUCUCACUCUGUCGCUUGUUGAGAGUUGAGACUCAUCCCAUGUCACUAGACACCAGUAGUUGCUUAGUCAAAGAGUAAGCCAUGAAGUUUGAGUAGUCGAAGAAACGAUUUUCGUCA